CUCAUCCCUCCAUCCUCUCCGUGUGCGUGUGUGUGUGUGUGCGUGGACCCACGGAGCUCUGCUCUGCUCUGCGUGGAAACAUCCUCCAGCUGCGGCUCUGCUCUCCUCUCUAGCCCCGACAAUAGACGGGGAUAAUGAGGAGCGUGUGAGGAGCAGCUGCAGCUACACCUCCUCCUCCUCUUCAUCUUCCUCCAUGAAAGCGCAGUAAAACGUAGCGUGCACACUGUUCUUCUUCUCCUCCUCCUCAGUGCAGCCCCGUCUCUGGGUGUCAUGGCUGUGACGUGGGUGCGUCUUGUCUCCGCGCUGCUCCUGCUGUCCAUCGUCAGUCCUCGCCUGGCCUCGGCGUCUCCCUCGUGUCCUCUGAGCUGCCGCUGCUACAGUCUCACGGUGGAGUGUGGCUCCACUGGCCUGAGGGACAUUCCCAAACACGUCCCCGUGUCCACACAGACCGUCUUCCUCCAGGACAAUGUGAUCGGACAGAUCCGUCGACAGGACCUUGUUCUGCUGAAGCACCUGCACUACCUGUACCUGCAGAACAACACCAUCUCAGCAGUGGAACCCGGCUCCUUCCAGAACCAGGGCCAGCUGUUGGAGCUGGCUCUGAACGGGAACCGGAUCCACCUUGUCACGGCUGACAUGUUUAAGGGACUCGAACAUCUGCGCAUUCUCUACCUGGCAAGAAACGACAUCACGCGGCUGCAGGACUUCACCUUCCGUGGAUUACAGCGUCUGCAGGAGCUGCAUUUGCAGCACAACAGCAUCGACAUGAUAGCAGACCAGGCUCUCGCUGGCCUGACGUCUCUGGCUCUGCUGGACCUGAGCCGCAACAACCUUCACACCAUCGGCCCGGCGUCGCUGCGACCUCUCGUCAGCCUGCAGGUGCUGCGCAUCACAGACAACCCGUGGCGCUGUGACUGCGCUCUCCACUGGCUGAGGAGCUGGAUCGACGAGGCGGGCCAGCGGUUGCUCAGCUCGGCAGAACGUCGCCUGGUCUGCACCGAGCCGCCACGUCUGUCUCACCUCAGCCUGGUGGAGGUUCCUCUCAACAGCUUGGUGUGCAUCCCUCCACUGGUGCAGCUGGAGCCCAGGAGGCUGGCUGUGCGGCUGGGAGAGAGCCUCAGGGUGUCCUGCCAUGCCUCUGGGUAUCCUCGACCUCAGGUGACCUGGAGAAAAGCCUCCCAGGGUAAAGUGGCGCUUUCCCCUCGAGGUCUGGUCCAGGAGGUGGGUGCUGGAGGCGGAGCCGGGGCCGGGACACAGGAGCCGUCACAGGAGGGCAGGGUCAGUCUGCAGAAGAAUGGCGCCGAGCGCUUCGACCCCGACACUGGCAGCGGCAUGUUGUUUCUCAGUAACGUGACGGUGGCUCACGCUGGCUUCUACGAAUGCGAAGCCUGGAAUGCGGGGGGCGUGGCCAGGGUGACCUUCCAGCUCGCCAUCAACUCGUCCACUUCCUCCUCGACCUCAUCCAUCUGGGCCUCGUGGUCCCAAGUGUCCUCACCGUACUCGCCCGUGUGGCCGCGGCUGAGGAGCCACGGCCCGGCUCCGGGCUCAGACGUGAGCCGGGAGCCACUGUACGCUCUGGGCAGCAUGGCCUUCAGCUCACUGGGCGCCGCCACGCAGACCGCCAUCGCUGUGGGCAUCUCUCUGCUGGCUCUGACCGCGCUGCUGCUGGUCGCCAUGAUCUACAGCCGACAUCACCAGCGAGAUAAGGAGGCUGAUGGAGCCGAUGGAGAGAAGGAGGAGAGCAUCCUGUACGUGAACGACUAUUCUGACGGACCCACCACCUUCGCUCAGCUGGAGGAGUACCGCGACGAGCGCGGCCACGAGAUGUACGUCCUGAACCGGGCCAAACCUGUGCUGCCGCCGGCUCCGCCCACUGCCGUGUCCACCACUAACCUGGGCUGCUCCGCUGCCUCAGACACCUCCAGCCACAGCGUCUCCUCAGAGGCCGCACAGACCCUGACCCCGACUCUGGUCCCCAACAAACAGCAGCAGCAGCAGGGGGAUGUGGACAUACGGACCAUGAGGAGAAUGGCGGGGGAGGGAGGGGAGGCGGAGCCUGUGAUCACAUCAGAGGGUGAAGGGCUGUUUCUAAACCACACGGGUCUGUUCAUGGACUCUCAGAUUGCCUACGAGAUCCACUGCUGAAGAGGACGAGAGAGAGCGAGAGUCCGCUGCAACACAGUGUGUGAGUGUGUGAGAG